AUGGAUACCUGGAAGAUGCAGCUUGUUGUUGUGACUUUUUGCACUUUGUUGCAAACCUGUCAGGGACUCACUGCUAGAGAGGAAGAGGAGAGAGGAUUGUCUACAGAGUGGCAGGAGGAUUCACAGAGACCGAUGGAGUCGGAUGUGAGCCACCUGGUAGCCUCCCUGAUGAAGAGAUCUAAAGCACACCGCUUCUACGGACUCAUGGGAAAACGCUCAGGUGUUAAGAAACCUUUCAAAGUUAAUCGACGGAAUAAGGGAGAGACAUUCGUAGGCCUGAUGGGAAGAAGCAUCUCCAGUGAUGAGUCUUUGACCAGAAUAAAUCCAUCUGCAACAACCACCGGGGUCGAUGUUUCAGAGAAACCACACAAGCAAGGUUCAUCUGAGGAGUGGAUCCAAAUCCUGUAUUGAUGGAGUUACGGGGGAAGAAAAUACACCUGACUAUGAUCUAUACAAUUUUACACCAAAGAAGACGCUGCAUAUAUCUGAUUCCUUGAAAUACACUCUGCUUGCAGCUUCAGUUCAUGCCAACGACGACUGUAUUAAUCCCAAACUUAA